AUGCAUCUACAUCGGGCUGGUCAGACAACGGCUCAAGCCGAGACGAACGAUCCCUCUCGAGUCCAACAACCUCAACUCUGGGUUCGCGGAGUCCGAACCCUAUCUCGAGUGCGCAGCGAGAAUCAUUGUGUCAAAAUGACACCAAAUGCAAUCCCUCCCCUUGCACGACCACGACCCGAUAAGGGCUCGCUUCUGAGGUUCCUCGACCUGGCAUUGACCUGUCCUUUCCGGACAGCUCGAGAUGACCCGCCUUAUCAGCGAUCACUGAGGGCUGCUGAAUGGCUCCAUGGCGCGCGCCCUUUCUCUCCCGUUAUCUUGCCGUCGCUUCAGGCAAAGCCAAUUGGAGACCCCGAUAAGCUCUCCGAUGGCCAUGAUUGGCCUGUGGUCUCGAGUCUCGCGUGGUGA